UGAUGUCCGCACUUAAACCCCGAGCCCAGUACAUAUUGGAAUAGCCUACAGGAGAUGUGCUGUGCGGCAUGGCUGCGUGAAAGACUUGAGGAAAAACGCGGGGGGAACCGCUUUUAAAUUUUCUUUCUGUGACUAUAACAAAAGAACAGAUCGGAAAACGAGAGGAACGACGCCGUGUUGGAUAUUGUGGACUAUUUUUUGACUCGUGGAAAAACGCUGGAGUUUUGGGGGGGAACAGAACUCAUGGGUCGAUGAGAGAAGCCGGACAGAGGUGCUCCCCCGCUAACUUCAAGCGAGAGUUCGAGGGAGAUUAGAGCCGAGCUCAGGCAGCCAGAAGCCGUGCAGCCAUGAACGGGGCGCUUUCGGAGCCCGUGGCCACGAGCUUCCGAGAAGAUGCUCCCCGUCCGCCCGUGCCGGGCCAAGAGGGCGAAGCCAAGUGCCGCAAACUGCCAAGCAAAAUGACCGCGCUGAGAGUCAAGGAGACAGCGAAAUCGACGCGUAGGGACGAAGAAGGCCUGGGCGAGCCAGAGGGCAGCGCUUCACCGGACUCGCCGCUCGCGCGCUGGACCAAGUCUUUGCACUCGCUGCUAGGCGACCAGGACGGCGCGCGCCUUUUCCGUGUUUUCCUGGAGCGCGAGCGGUGUGCCGAUGCGCUCGACUUUUGGUUUGCGUGUAACGGCUUCCGUCAAAUGGACCUAAAGGACGGCAAGACGCUGCGCGUGGCCAAGGCCAUUUACAAGCGCUACGUGGAAGCCGAUGGCGUCGUCGGCAGGCGCCUUAAGCCGGCCACCAAGACUUUUAUUCGGGACAACGUGAAGCGACAGCAGAUCGACUCGGCCAUGUUCGACCAGGCGCAGACUGAGAUCCAGACCAGCAUGGAGGAGAACGCGUACCAGACGUUCUUGCAGUCCGACAUAUACCUCGAGUACGUGCGCAGUGGAGGUGAAAACCCCACGCACUCCAGCCCCGGUGCGCUCGGGAGUCUAAAACUCGUCUGUGGCUACUUGCCCACUCUAAACGAAGAGGAGGAAUGGAGUUGUAAUGACUUUAAAGCCAAAGCGCUGGCAGUGGUCGGACUAUCGGCUAAAGCGCUGCGGUCUGCUCCUUCUCUGAGGACUGUAGACGUGCUGGAGAAAAACUACAGGUCGUAUAGGCGCUGCGAUCCUGCCAACCCAUACCAUGUGGCCUCCGGCUGCAGCUUCGCCCCCACCACUAGUGCCAACGACAGCGAGAUCUCCAGCGACGCCAUGACAGACGACUCUAUGUCAAUGACUGACAGCAGUGUUGAUGGGAUUCCGCCGUACAAACUGGGCAGCAAGAAGCAGCUUCAGAGAGAAAUGCAUCGCAACAUGAGAAUGAAUGGCCAGGUCUCACUACCUGCCUUUCCUAGGCCACGGCGGCCACCAAAGGACAUGACCCCGGUGGAGCCAGCGGCAUUCGCCGCUCAGCUCAUUGCCAGACUUGAAAGACUGAAGAGAGAACAAGAGACUAUGAGCUCACUGGAAGAGAGACUGCAGCAGAUCCAGGAGGAGGAAGAGCGUGAGGAGUCUGAGCUGUCUUCUUCCUCACAGCGGCGCUCAAGCGAGGACGACCCGCAGGCCAUCCUAGAUGAUCACCUUUCACGCGUUCUCAGGACACCUGGUUGUCAAUCACCCGGAGUGGCACGCCACUCACCCCGCUCUCGCUCUCCUGAACCCCGGCCUAUGAACAGGCCUGUGGGUAGCACCGUGCCUAUGCCUGCCUACCCAUCUGGGCGAACGUUUGUCUCUAAGCACGUCCAUCACCACUACAUCCAUCACCACUCAGUGCCCAAGAGCAAGGAACAGAUUGAGGCUGAGGCAGCACGGCGGGUGCAGGGCAUUUGUCCUGCCGUACCCGAAUGCUGCCCUUCACCAUACACACGCAACCGCAACCUGGGCACUGAGCACGGAAAUGGCGUUGGAGAGGGGAAUCAAGGAUGUCCGAAUGCUUUAUCCAAGCGUCUCUGUAGGUCAGGUGAGGAGGUGACCAGUGAGAGUGUAGAUAGUGCCACCCUACAGCUGCCCGCUGACAGUGCCGACCGCUCACAGAACGUGUGGCAGUGGAUCCUGGAGAGCGAUCGCCAGGCCAGGCACAGGCCACACAGCACUCAGAGCACGCGGAAACUCUAUGGCUCCGAGUCAGCACGCACCCACACUUGGGGCGGUGCAGGCAUUUCUGGGCACCUCCGCACGCACCAGCCUGCUCAUCCAUUUAUCCAGGACCCAGCCAUGCCCCCUCUACCUCCACCCAACACCCUGGCACAGCUGGAGGAAGCGUGUCGACGUCUGGAAGAGGUUUCCAAACCCCCCAAACAGAGGCAUUCAACACCAGGCCUUCAAAGAGACAAGAGCCAUGCAGUGCCUGUCCAGACUGGAGCUGCCUCUCUCCAGAACCAGGCUCUUCAAGCAGAGCACCCAAAAGAGCCAAAGAAGCCUCCUGGCAGCCAUGCCAAUGAAACUGUGGUCACAUACUUCUUCUGUGGUGAGGAGAUCCCCUACCGGCGCAUGAUGAAGACACACAGCCUCACCCUAGGCCACUUCAAAGAGCAGCUCCGCAAGAAAGGCAACUACAGGUACUACUUCAAGAAAGCCAGCGACGAGUUUGAGUGCGGAGCCGUGUUUGAGGAAGUAUGGGACGACGGCACCAUCCUUCCCAUGUAUGAGGGCAAAAUCCUGGGAAAAGUGGAACGAACAGACUAAUUUGCCACUCAAGGCCAACAAGCGAAGAAAUGAACUUCUACACAUAGACCUGUAUUUUCAAAGAUAAAGAAAUUUUAAUAUAUCCACAAAAACUCGUUUUGUUUUGUUUUGGCUCAUCAAGCUAUUGAAGGAAUACUAGCCAAUGAAGUAUACGAACUGGUGGAGGACUCCAAAAGCAGCCUGGGAGAUCAGGCACCUUAACUCUCAAUUGGAAUGGUCAAGAGACACUAUGAGUAUACCACUGUCUGAAGAUGCGGGUGACUGUAUGUGGUUUUUAAAUAUAUACUUAUAUAUAUAUAUGAGGGAUCGCUACAGAGCCAGUGUAUCCCGCACCAUGGACUGCUGACCAAGGAUUAGUUGUGUUAAUUGCAGGUGUUUGCUUAAGUGUGUGUGCGUGUGUGUGUGCGUGCGUGCGUGUGUGUGUAUACAGAGGUAUGUGCACGUUAUAUUGUGCUUUUGUAACAACAAAUGAAUAUUAAUAUUUAUUAAACUGUCAUUUCCCUCCUGCCCCAUGUCCAGCUUAAUGGACAAGCUGCUUAGAUGAAUUGGGAGACUUUUUUCCAAUGUAACACAUGCAUGGUCAUAAUGCUAGAGUCCCCCUUUAUAAAUAAAUGCUAGGAGUCUCUGAUGCUGUCCAAUGAGGAGAUGACUUCCGUGCUGGGACCACCCAGUUUUCUCAACCCCUCUCUGGCGUUGAUGUUUGCUCUGUUCCUCAUGCGUCCAGGGCCCUGUCCCAUUUUACAUCAUAGUGCCUUUGAUUUAUUGAGCCUAGGAAUUGCACAGGAUCAAACCAGCUUGGCAAGGAGCCUUGAAGGAGCAUUAAUGUAUAUAAAAAAAACAAACAAACACACACAUCCUGAUAUUAUUAUACAGCAAUGCUGAUGUCUUAAUCCCACUGAACAAAAUCUGUGGCCUUCUUCAUUUCAGUACCAUUUAAACAGAAACAAGCAGAAUGUUGAGAAGUUAGGUGUACCCAGUUUGGAAGUUCUCUCCAAAGUGGCGAGAGUAUACUGAGUUACAGAGAACUACAGAGCUCCUGGACAGGGUGUAGUUGUGCACUGGCAUCAGCAAAGGAGUAUAGACUAAUGUCAGUGUUUUAGACUGCAGUACCUGUGCCUACAUGGAUACCAUGCCGUGUUCUGCCCUGCUUCAGGGUGUAAUAUUCCCUUGCUUUUCUAAAGGGGUUUAUGUUGCAAAGAUUUUUUUUAAUGCUUUGGAUAUCUUGUUAUCUAUUCUGUUAUUUUUUUCUUGUUCCACAUAAAUGUAAAUUAUGCAUAUAUAGAGCAUCAUUUUAAAGAUGACUUGGUACUUUAAUUAUUGUAAUUAUGAAGAGAUGUAGCCUUUAUUAAAUGUUUAUAUUUUUCAAAUGAA